AUGGCACCAUUAACAGUUGCAGUUGGUGAAGCAAAACCAGGUGAAACAGCACCAAGAAGAAAACUUGCUCAAAAAGAUGGUCCAGUUACAAGACCAAAUGAUUCCAAAGCAAACACAAUGGCUGAAUUCAUUGAUGAAUGUUUUGAAAGAAAUGGUAAUGCUGAUGCUUUUUGUUAUCGUGAUUUAGUUGAAAUUCAUACUGAAAAUAAAAAAGUUACCAAAAUCAUUGAUGGUGAACCAAAAGAAGUUGAUAAAGAAUGGAUUUAUUAUGAAAUGUCUCCAUAUAAAUCAAUCAAAUAUCCUGAAUUAAUGAAGAUUAUCAAAACUUAUUCCAAAGGGUUAAUUGAAUUGGGAUUAAAACCAAAUCAAGAAUCUAAAUUGAUGAUUUUUGCUGGAACUUCUCAUAAAUGGAUGCAAUCCUUUUUAGCUUCAUUAUUUCAAAAUAUUCCAAUUGUUACUGCUUAUGACACAUUAGGUGAACGUGGUUUAACUCAUUCUUUAGCUCAAACUGAAUCAGAUGCAAUCUUUACUGAAAAUCAAUUAUUAUCCGCAUUAAUUAAACCAUUAACAAAAUGUCCUUCUGUUAAAUAUAUCAUUCAUACAGAAGCAAUUGAUCCAAAUGACAAGAGACAUGGGGGGAAAUUAUAUGAACAAGCUAAAAAUGCCAAAGAAAAAAUUCAAGAAUUAAGACCAGAUAUUCAAUUCAUUUCUUAUGAUGAAGUUAUUGCCAUGGGUGAAGAUUCUAAAGUUGAAUUACAUUAUCCUCAAGCUGAUGAUUUAUGUUGUAUUAUGUAUACUUCUGGUUCUACUGGUGAUCCAAAGGGGGUUGUAUUAACUAAUCGUAAUUUAUUAGCUGCAUGUGGUGGAUUAUCUGAAGUCGCUGGUAGAUGGUUAGUUAAAAAUAAUGAUCGAGUAAUUGCUUUCUUACCAUUAGCCCAUAUUUUCGAAAUGUUAUUUGAAUGUAUGGCAAUUUGGUGGGGGGUUCCUUUAGGUUAUGCAAAUGUUAAAACUUUAACUGAUGCAAGUUGUAAGAAUUGUAAAGCUGAUUUAGUUGAAUUUAAACCAACUGUCAUGGUUGGUGUUGCGGCAGUUUGGGAAUCAGUUAGAAAAGGGGUUUUAACUAAAGUUAAAGCUGCAUCUCCAAUUCAACAAAAGAUUUUCUGGGGAGCAUUUAGAGCUAAGAAUGCAUUUAAACAUUAUCAUAUCCCGGGUGCGGGGAUGUUUGAUGCUGUUUUCAAAAAAGUUAAACAAGCUACUGGUGGUCAUUUAAGAAUUAUCUUAAAUGGGGGGUCCCCAAUUUCUACAGAUGCUCAAGUUUUCAUAAGUACUUUAAUUGCUCCAAUGUUGUUGGGUUAUGGUUUGACUGAAACUUGUGCUAAUGCUACUGUUGUUGAAAUGGAACAUUUUGAUUAUGGAUAUUUAGGUACAUUAACUGGAGCAAUUACUUGUAAAUUAAUCGAUGUUGCUGACGCUGGAUAUUAUGCCAAGAAUAAUCAAGGUGAAAUUUUAUUAAAAGGGGAUUGUAUAACCAAGGAAUAUUUCAAGAAUGAACUGGAAACCUCGGAAGCUUUUACUGAAGAUGGUUGGUUUAGAACUGGUGAUAUUGGUGAAUGGACCGAAAAUGGGGGAUUAAAGAUUAUUGAUCGUAAAAAGAAUUUAGUUAAGACUUUGAAUGGUGAAUAUAUUGCUUUGGAAAAAUUAGAAUCAGUAUAUAGAUCAUCUCCAUUGGUUCUUAAUAUUUGUGUUUAUGCUGAUGAAACUAAAGUUAAACCAAUUGGUAUUGUAUUACCAAUUGAAAAUAAUUUAAAAACUUUUAUUGUGGAAGAAAAAAUAUAUACUAAAGAAGAAGUUGAAUCAAAAUCUUUAGCUGAAUUAUGUCAUGAUAAAAAAGUUGUCGCCAUGGUUAAUAAUUCUUUGAUUAGUACUGGUAAACGUCAAGGAUUAAGAGGUAUUGAAUUAUUACAAAAUGUGGUUUUAUCAGAUGAAGAAUGGACUCCACAAAAUGGUUUUGUUACAAGUGCUCAAAAAUUACAACGUAAAAAGAUUUUAGCUCAUAAUAAAGAACAAAUUGAUGCUGCUUAUGGUUCUUCUUCUUAG